GUGAUGCAGGAAAAAGGUGCUGCCACGUACAGGGAAACAGGGAAAGUUUUUUUUUUUUCCAAGCAAAAACUUUGAUAGAAAGAGACAUCAGGUACAAGAUAAAGUUCUCCUGUUGUAAUAAUCGGCCAAUGAAGUUAAGAACAACAGCAUGUCAUACCUGGCAGAUGUUGUUGAAGUUGGUGGGAACGGAGGAAAUGCUUUCGAUUUUAAUGGCACUGAAAAUGGAGGCAUGUUGCAAAAGAUCCAGGUUUGGGGAGCUGAUUACACGAUAAAAGCCGUGAGGGUGUGGUUUACUGAUGGCCGGUCUGAGCAGUUUGGUAGGCCUGCUGGGUUUACAAAACAGUUUACAUUUGAAGAUGGAGAGCAUUUCACCUCCCUUUCACUUUGGCCAAUUAAAGAUGGUACACGUCUGGGUGCAAUCAAAUUCAAGACAAGUCACUUCCGGAAGUUCCAUAUAAGAUUGAGAUUUCGGAGUCUGAAACCAGAAGUUUCAGUUGAUGUUGCUUCUGGGAUCUGCAUGGGGAUCAAAGGACGUUCAGGGUGGGAUAUUGAUCGCUUUGGCUUCAUAUUCAUCAACACUGUUAAGUCUGUUCAGCUUACCAAUGUUGUGUAUCCCACCAUUCAUGAUGUGAUACCCAAAGUGCCCGUUGGAGAAAUUAAAUCCAUGUCCUACCAGAACAACACUUCUGUAACUCAAGAAUACAAAAUUGAGACCUCCAAAAAAAUCAUCCAAAUAUCCUCCUGGUCUGUUAAGGGAAAAAUGGAAUCCGCAUUCAGCCUGGAAGUAAAUGCAUCAAUUCCAUGUCUUGUGAAGGAGGAAUCAAGAUAUGAAUUAAAUAUUGGAGUUGAAGGUACAUAUGCUUCAGAGACCAGUGAUGAGAAAACAGAUCUCUGCACGUUUCCUGUUAAAGUUCCUCCAGGUAAAACCGUGGAUGUGCGCAUCACACUUGGCCAGGCUACAAUUGACCUCCCAUUCACUGGCAUCAUGAAGAUUACCUGCCAUAAUGGCAGCGUGCUGGAGUUUAAAACCAGUGGAACCUACAAGGGUGUCGUUUACACUGAUGAAAAAGUGACUGUGAAUGAAUCAAACAAAAUGCUUGGUCAGGCCUAAUAAGCUUUGAAUGAAAUUGUACUGUACUGUACAAAAACUCAGUAUCUCAGUAAAGGUCUUGCUGACUGGAGAUGUGUGUGUGUGUGUGUGUGUGUGUGUGUGUGUGUGUGUGUGUGUGUGUGUGUGUGUGUUGGAGGGGGGUGUUACACUAUUUCAGCAUAUUCAAAAGUAUUAAUGUAAAUUUUUGAAAACUUUGUCCACUUUGGCCAUAAUGUGUAAUACAGUGUUCCACUUCAUACUUAUGUCAAUAUCAGUGACAAAUAUUACUGGAGAAAACUUAUCCAUUUCUCUGAGUUCUCUGUGGUUGUUUGUACAAUGUGUGUACUCAUAUUUGUAGUCAGCGGUGACUUCUACAAUAUUGCAUGUUAUCGUGUGUCCUGUAUGGGUGGGACGGGAGAUUUUAUUUUUAUUAAAAUCGGUAAACUAAUGAAAACAGUGAUUUGCUUUAUUCUGCUAGUCUAAACCCACAUUUUUGAUUAAUAAAACAUUCUUUACAAAACA